AUGCGGAGCGCUGCGCGGUUCCGGGGCGCCGUGGCCUUGUGGCCACUGCUGGCCGCCCACGUGGUGACGGCAUUCGAGCCCCUGAGCGUGGGCAUCGCCAUCGGAGCCGUGUCUGCCCUCACCGGCUACCUGUCCUACACUGACUUCUUUUGCCGCUUCGCCGAGUGCUGCCGCGAGAAGCCGCUCAACGCCUCGGCCCUCAGGCUGGAUUUGGAGGAGAAGCUGUUUGGACAGCACCUGGCCACCGAAGUGAUUCUCAAGGCGCUGACUGGCUUCAGGAACAACAAACAUCCCAAGAAACCGCUGACUCUGUCCUUGCACGGCUGGGCUGGACAGGACCAGCUGCAGAAAUGGAUCCGCGGGAAUGUGAGUGCGUGUGCCAGCUCUGUCUUCAUAUUUGAUGAGAUGGAUAAGCUGCACCCUGGGAUCAUUGACGCCAUCAAGCCCUUUCUAGACUACUACGAGCAGGUGGAUGGGAUUUCUUACCGCAAAGCCAUCUUCAUCUUUCUCAGCAAUGCAGGUGGGGACCUUAUUACUAAGACAGCUCUGGACUUCUGGCGGGCAGGAAGAAAGAGGGAAGAAAUCCAGCUGAAGGACCUGGAGCCUGUGCUGUCUGUUGGCGUCUUCAACAACAGGCACAGUGGCCUGUGGCACAGUGGGCUGAUAGACAGAAACCUCAUUGACUACUUUAUCCCCUUCCUGCCACUGGAGUACAGACAUGUGAAGAUGUGUGUGCGGGCAGAGAUGCAGGCCCGAGGGGCUGCCGUUGAUGAAGACAUUGUCACCAAGGUGGCAGAAGAAAUGACGUUUUUCCCCAAAGAUGAGAAGAUCUACUCUGACAAGGGCUGCAAGACUGUGCAGUCACGGCUGGAUUUCCACUGAGCCAUGGAGG